CACCUCUCUGAAGUUUUCCACUGAGUUUUCUUAUUUAUUAAGGUAAGCAGUCGAAUUUGUUCAAUAGUUUUUGGGUGCAAAAACGAAGUGUGAACCACCCACUCUCCAUCUAUCUUUUAAUCAGUAAAUCUUAAUUUCUAUCCACACUUCAACAUCAAAACCAGACACCAAGAACGCCAUCUCAACUGCUUUAGUUUUGGACCAACCUAGGCCCUUCAAUCUCUCUCCGCUAAAACAUCUUCUGUUUAUUAUUUUCUGGUGCUGUAUUUUUAUUAAAUCAAAUUAGAUGAUGGCUUCAGAAAUGCAGAAACCCACCAAGAAAAACAGAGGAUUCUACAUUAAGAUGAGGAUAUUACACAGAGGCCGACAACUAGAAAAAAGCCUCUUUUUCAAAUAUUAUCAAUGGAUUCUUUGGUUUUCUUUUACUCUCUAUUUCCUCACCUCUUUCUUCAUCCCUAACAAGCCAAUACCUUUGUCAAAAACCCAUGUCUAUGGUUCCAAAUUCUCCUUAGUUUCUCGUGUUCUGUUUGAAUCUGUCAAUAAAACUAGUCAACAAUCCAACCUCAAGAACCCAGCGACUUUAAAAGACUUAAAGAUAUACAUCUACGAGUUACCAUCAGAAUACAAUGAAAACUGGCUUUCCAACAAGCGAUGCAGCAACCAAUUGUUUGCCUCGGAGGUGGCCAUUCAUAGAGCCUUGUUGAACGCCUACGAAUUUAGAACAUUCGACCCUGAUGAAGCCGAUUUCUUUUUCGUCCCUGUUUAUGUCUCCUGCAACUUCAGUAUUGUUAAUGGUUUCCCAGACAUCGGCCACGCACAUUCUCUUUUAUUCUCCGCCAUCCAGUAUGUCUCCUCUAACUAUCCUUUCUGGAACAACUCCAAUGGUUCAGAUCACAUCUUCGUUGCUUCCCAUGAUUAUGGAGCCUGCUUCCACGCCAUGGAGGAUAGAGCUAUUGAUAAUGGGAUUCCAGAGUUUUUGAAGAACUCGAUAAUAUUGCAAACAUUCGGGGUUAAUUACAAGCAUCCUUGUCAGGAUGUUGAAAAUGUUCUCAUUCCGCCUUAUAUCUCGCCGGAAAGCAUAGGGAAGACUCUGGAGAAGGCUCCGUUGACUGGGAAUCGGGACAUCAUGGUCUUUUUCAGGGGUAAAAUGGAAGUCCACCCUAAAAACGUUAGUGGGAACUUUUAUAGCAAGAGGGUGAGGACGGAAAUUUGGCGGAGGUAUAAAGGAGAUAAGAGGUUUUACUUGCGAAGGCAUAGAUUUGCCGGUUACCAGUCAGAAAUUUUACGGUCUGUGUUUUGCUUAUGUCCACUUGGAUGGGCUCCCUGGAGUCCAAGACUUGUUGAGUCCGUGGCUUUGGGUUGCGUCCCGGUGAUCAUAGCAGACGAUAUCAGGUUGCCGUUUCCCUCCGUCGUGAAGUGGGCGGAGAUUUCCCUCACGGUGGCAGAAAGGGACGUCGGGAAGCUGGGUCAUAUCCUGGAACACGUGGCGGCGACCAAUUUGUCAACCAUUCAGAAGAACUUGUGGGACCCGACAGUCAAGAGGGCCUUACUGUUCAAUGACUACAUGCAAGAAGGAGAUGCCACAUGGCAGGUUUUAAUUUCUCUUUAUAAUAAACUAGACAGAUCGUAUAGGAGGUCGAGAGUUUGUAGCCAAUAGGAAGAAAACACGUCGGAUGAGUUGCCGGCUAUGGAGGUAAAUAUGGCAACAUGGGAUGUGGGUGCAUGGUGUUUAUAAUGGAGGACAGCUUGGAUCGCCAGUGUCAUUUAAUCAGAGGCGGAUGGAAUUUAUUUUAGAGGGUGGGUCGGUGGACCCACAUAAAAAAGCUUGCGAAUUUUUUUGUUCCUUUUCGAGAUUUUUUUUGCCGCAAUGUAAAUGGAGAGAAACAAAACUUUUUGGUUAAUGACACAGAUGGGAUAGUUUUAGGACAAGACAACCUGU